CGCUUGCAAACCACGAUCUCGACACCCAAUGAACGGUGUCCACGCCUCCACAUUUGCUACGGCUUACCUGGACUCACUCGACAUUCCCGAUGCAACGCCUCUCAGCAACUGGUCAUGUUCCUUAUCCCCCACCGACGACUCGACGCGUCACGCCGUCGACACAAGUCAUGAUCUCCAUAUUAGCAAAGACGAUGUACGCGCCCAACUUGUCACUAUGGGAUACGAGCCCGAUGCACUGCCGGAUAAAAUGUUGGACGAAUUCAUAGAGGAGCUGAAGAGGGCUUAUCGGACAGAGUUGGGUGAGUUUUUGGAAGAGGACGACGAGGACGACGAGGAUAAGGACAGUCUCAGUACGGAACCGGACGAAACAAGUCGUUUGGAGAGACCUUACUAUCCGUACGUGCGACCGGUGGAUGACAAGAAAGGAUAUUGGAAUGAGAAGGCUUCAUUACAGAAAGUUUCAAGAUCACCCUCUCCCCAAAAAACGCCUGAACGCAAAGUGCGUGAAGCGCAGACCACCACACCCCAACGCCAAAUACAACGCCACGAUAAACCUUCUGACGAAUCCACUGAAUACGACACCACACAAACGACUUGUAGCCCAGCAACACACCAAAUGAACGUGAUAGAGCGACUGGCGGCUUUGGAUCUGUCUAAUGUCAGACGAACCGUUUCGCAUCAGCGGCAAAAGGAGAAAAGUGAUACACGGCAUGCGCCAGGAGAGGAAGAGGCUGUGGAUGACGACUUAGAAGAUGAAAUUAGUGACGAUCUCUAUGAUUCCGAGGAAUAUGCGUUACGAGAUUCAACGAAUUUCUCGUCUUUUGAAAGUGAAUACUACGAGCGACCGCGUUACCGCACCGGAUUUAUUCGCGCUCAACCCCAACAGCGACCUCGCAAACACGAUCCAGUCUCCCGCUUUCACCAACAUCAAGCCGAAUGGCAACGGGAUGUGUUUCUAAGACGAUUAGGGAAUCCUGGAGCUCAGAGGCCUGUGGCUGUUGUCGGUAGUACUAAAGUGUCUAGACCCAUGAGUGGGGGAUUGGCAUCCCAACGACCUCGACAUAAUCUGGCGGCGUUGCGACCUACAUAUGUUGUACCUACCACAAAAAAGAGAAGUGAUGUAGUAUGGGAUGUGAGGAAUCGACUGGCGCUUAAAAGUCAGACUCUAUAGUGUGAGCGCCGGAGCGAUCUCAUGUAUAUAUGAUAAUGUACGGGUUGGAUGAUAUUGCUACAUGCAUUAUAUAGAGAGGUACUUGAUUUUUGAGGCACACUAUUACUGCUCCAAGA